AUGACUUGUGUAACAAUAUGUGAAUUGUUUACAGUUUUACGUGAAUUUAUUAUAUGUAAUAAUAAAUCAGAUUGUACCAACAUUAUACAGCCUGAAAAAUGCUAUAGAGAAAAGUUAGAUUUAUCAUCGAUUGCAACCACCACAACGACAAAUUCAGCAACCUUAACUUCUACAACAUCAGUAACAUCAAUAUCAACAACAGUAACUGUUAAUUCUUGUAAUAAUAAUUCAAAAAUAGAUAGCGAAUAUAAAAUUUCAUUAAUUAAAUUACCGACUGAGAUCAUAAUAGAAAUUUGUAAAGAAACUUCACCGUAUGAUUUGUAUAGUUUAUCAACAAUAUGCAAGUAUUUUCGUAAUUUGUUAUGGUCGAAGUCUGAUGCAACACAAUUGAUUUGGAGAGAAUCUAGAAAGAAUUUUCUGAAAUAUCCAGAAUUAGAUCCACCAUUUGGCUUAACCGAGCAAAAAUAUAUCUGGCUAACUUUAUUAGCAGAUAAAUGUCAAUUUUGUGAUGGAUCGUAUGAAAAAUUUUAUUACGAGAUUUGGCCUUCAAUGAUUAUUUGUUGUGGGAAUUGUUUCGGUGAAAAAACUAUACAAUUAUCAAUACGUAAUCCACCAUCGUCGAUUCCAAAAGAAGUAUUUUCGCUUAUUCCGUCUACAAAGUGUUUUAAUCCAUCAGUUUUCUAUCAAAGAUUUUAUUGGAAAUCUGAUAUAGAAAAUACAAUGGAAAUUUUAAAUGGUUUUGAUGAUGAAGAUCGAAAAAUGUCUUGGAUAGCUGAGAAAGAGAUUGAAGUCAGGAAUAUUUUACAUGACAUGAAGCCUUAUCAAAAACAAGAAUUUCAACAAUUAUUUAGUCAUGGAAUUAAAAAUAAUAAAUAA